AUGUCUUUACGGUUCUGUAUCUCUGGUCUCUGCGCAAGUGAAGUUGCCCGACCACGCUCAUCGACAUCGUCUGGCAGUUUGGCUGGGUGGGCGACGAAGAUCGGUCUCUUUGAGCUGGAAACGGUCAUUACUUGUGUCAUCAUGGCAGGGAUCCUGGGAUACAUGCGGGUAAGAUCUCAACAAGUGAUGGAGAGAAGUUGGAAUUCUUCAAGCGCGGGUUUGAAUGGAAUAGGAGAUAUUCCUUUGAACGCAGUCAUUACCUGUUAUCUCUGGGUCAAAGUGGGUAUGCAGCUUUGGCAAAUUCGAAUUCGUCUGUUGCCUCAAAACUGA